CAGUGCUGCAUCCACCCAAGGAGGAGGAGGUGGAGGAGGAGGAGGAGACGACGAGGGCCACGCAUUAACCCCGAGCAGUAAACGUGCAGUGAGGACCAAUCUGUGCUCACCUCGCCACCGGUUGUUUUUUUCCCUCCCCCCCCCCCACCCCCCCUUUGGACGCUGCAUUGUCGCUCUUUCGUGUUGCCACCGGGCGCCUGGAGGGGGAAACGCGAUCCGGAGAGGACGCGCGUCUCUGCGGAGCCCGAUCGCGGUCGGUUGGCGGAAAAAGGGACGUGAUAUGAACCCCUCAUCGGCUUAGGCGGCAGUGCAGCUAAAAUAGCACUGUUUUUCAGUGAGGAGGGGGGCAGCAGGAGGAGGAGGAGGUGUGUGUGUGUGGGGGGGUAGCGGGCAGUUUCACGGAGGAUCAGAGAGGACAUUUGUAUCCAUUAACCUGCAGCCCGAAGGCCGAAGAAAGAAAACAAAAAACAACAACAAGAAAAAUACCCCCCCCUUUCCCUCCUGGAACCUGUAGCGAUGCCCGGGUUUGAUUACAAGUUCCUGGAGAAGCCAAAGAGACGGUUCCAGUGUCCGCUCUGCAGCAAGGCGAUGCGGGAGCCCGUCCAGGUGUCCACCUGUGGACAUCGCUUCUGUGACACCUGUCUGCAGGAGUUUCUGAGUGAGGGGGUCUUCAAGUGUCCGGAGGACCAGCUGCCGUUGGACUAUGCCAAGAUCUACCCAGACCCAGAGUUGGAGCAACAGAUCCUGGCUCUGCCCAUCCGCUGCAUCCACAGUGAGGAGGGCUGCCGCUGGACCGGCCAGAUGAAGCAGCUGCAGGGCCACUUCUCCACCUGCGCCUUCAAUGUGAUACCCUGCCCCAACCGCUGCUCCGUCAAGCUGACGCGCCGCGACUUGCCCGACCACCUGCAGCACGACUGCCCCAAGCGCAAAGUCAAGUGCGAGUUCUGUGGCAGCGAGUUCACCGGCGAAGCCUACGAGAACCACCAGGGCGUGUGUCCUCAGGAGAGUGUUUACUGUGAGAACAAGUGUGGGGCGAGAAUGAUGCGCCGUCUGCUGUCCCAACACGGCUUGGCCGAGUGUCCCAAACGCACACAGCCCUGCAAGUACUGUGGCAAAGAAUUUGUGUUCGACACAAUCCAGAACCACCAGUACCACUGCCCUCGGUUUCCUGUCCAGUGCCCAAACCAGUGUGGCACGCCCAACAUCGCCCGCGAGGAUCUGGCUAACCAUGUCAAGGACAACUGUGGCAGCGCGCUCGUUCUCUGCCCCUUCAAAGACGCUGGCUGCAAACACAGAUGCCCCAAACUGGCGAUCGGCCGUCACCUGGAAGACACCACUAAGUCUCACCUGACUAUGAUGUGUAACCUGGUGGGGCGUCAGCGGCAGGAGAUCCUGGAGCUGCGGAGGGAGAUGGAGGAGUUGUCCGUCAGUCACGACGGGGUUCUCAUCUGGAAGCUCAGCGACUACUCGCGCAAACUCCAGGAGGCCAAACUCCGAAGCAACCACGAGUUCUUCAGCCCGCCUUUCUACACUCACCGCUACGGCUACAAGCUGCAGGUGUCGGCAUUCCUGAACGGCAACGGGAGCGGCGAGGGCUCCCACCUCUCCGUCUACAUCCGCGUGUUACCCGGAGAGUACGACAGCUUGCUGGAGUGGCCCUUCUCCUACAAGGUGACUUUCUCCAUCCUGGACCAGAGCGACCCGUCGCUUUCCAAACCCCAGCACAUCACGGAGACCUUCAACCCCGACCCCAACUGGAAGAACUUCCAGAAGCCCAGCAGCAGCCGCAACUCGCUGGACGAGAGCACCCUGGGCUUCGGCUACCCCAAGUUCAUCUCUCACGACGAGAUCAAGAAGAGGAAUUACAUCCGAGACAACUGCGUCUUCAUCAAGGCUUCUAUAGAGAUUCCCCAGAAGAUAAUGACUUAAGAUCUGACACUCGCUAACAAUUUUUACAAAAGAGAAACGUAGGUUGAAGACAGGAGGGUGACGCUUAACUUUGAAACUAAAACUUUUACCCUUUAGAUACUUUCUACCCUCACGGCCUGUCCAGCACAGAGCGAGUCCGUCUGGCUGCGUGAGCUGACUCGGAGGACCUUGAUGCAUCACAGAGGAGAAAUUGUUUGGUCUGCAGAACCAUCACUCCCUGGUGUUUCUUUUCAUUAUUUUUUUUUUUUUUAAAUCUGUUUGCUGACCUUUUAUCACAGUCUACAACUAAAAGCCUUGGAAAUCAAACAGUGCCUAGAGAGAUUAUCUUAAGUUAUAUUUUUGUUGUUGUUAUUUCCGCAGUACAAAUGUUAAAGAGUUAUGAAAAAACAACGGCGGCGAAGGGCUUCACUAAGCCAGUGCACUUGGGAGAUGAGAGAAAGUUAGACUCUGGUUAGAGACUCGCUGUUGGAGUGAAAGCUGAGCAGACUUAUGCGCCAGCCCGACCGCCUUUGUUUACGUGCUUAUACAGUACAGCCCCAGUGAUCCGUUAACAAACACAACGCUGUUGGGUAAGAAACCGAAAGAAGUCUGUGUACACACAAACAUCAAACCAAUGUUUUCUAGUGAGAAACUUGCAGCUUCAAUCUUGGUCAUUUUUGUGUUUUAAAGGAAGGGUAUUACACUUUGGUUCUGUUGAUUGAGAAGAUCAAUAUCACUCGCGUAUCUGUGUGACCAGCAGCCAUGUAGCUUAGCUUAGCAUAAAAAAACGACAAACAAGGGGAAGCAGCCAGCGUGGCUCUGUCCACAUGUAAAACAAUCCAUCUACCAGCAUCCGCGAAGCUCACUAAUCAUCCACUUUAUGUGUCAUUUGUUAAAUCCACACAAACGUUUUUGAUCAGAACCAGAAUAUGCGAGGCCUCAUGGUCACAGUCCUAAUGCUAGGCUAGCCGCUAGGCUGCUAUGGAAAGAGGAUUCUUAAAAACAACGGGAGAGUGGUAUUUAUCUUCCGACAAAGCAAAAAUAACCAAUAAACAAAUUUUCCAAAAUGUCAAACUAUUCCUUGAGAAUAUUAGUUAUAACAAAUAAAAUAAAUAUAACCUGCCUCUCUUAAUACUGACAAAAGCCUGACCAAUGUUGGAAACUGUCAUGAUCGACCAAGCUAUUUAACUGAAUUAUUUCGAGUGGACAGGUGUUUUACCUGACAACAUUAAAGCUACAUAUCUAUCUCCUCUACAGUAGCUGUCCGUGACUUGUGUUUGUCAGUAGUGCGACCCAGUCGUGAAUAGCUUCAGGGGCAUGCUCAUGUACCAAACACACACUUUGUAGUGACCCUUUGAGGCUGCGUGUCUCUUGUGGACUCCACCAAUACGAAAGAAGAAAUGCACCUUUCGCCGGUCUUAAGAUGAGCAGAGCAGACAAAGAGGCAACAACUUGCAUUUAAUAGUGAAGAAAAAGCCAUGUGGCCUUUUUAUACAGUAUGUCUUCGCAUGAGGGUUUUGGGGGUGAGCAGGGCAACAUAAACACGUGCAUGCUUCAUGUGCUACAACCUGGACCACAUUUUUGUACUGUAACCUGUAUUCUUGAAGUCCUCUCCCGUUGAUGGCUAUUUCGUCUCUUUUUUUGGACCGUCUGAAAGUUGACUAAUUGUCAAAAUGUUUUUUUUGUUGUUGUUUUUUUAUAUACAGAAAAAUGUGAACGCUGUUGGUAAUAACCUAUAAAUACAUGAACACUUGGCUGUGAAGUGUAUUGUUUUACAAAGCCUCUGUAUGGGUGGUGUACUGUUUGAAAUGAUGGUUCGGAACUGACUACACCUUUGGUCGUUACCACGGUCACCGGGGUGUCUACCUAUUCCGCUCGGCACCCACAUGUGACAGGGGAGCAAUCGGAGGGAGUCUCCAUCACAGCACCAUCACAGCGGUGGAGGACUUUGGUGAUACAGUAAUACUCAUGACGUAUGUGAAUACUAAUUGUAAAAAUGCAGAAGCACAUUCUGUUGUACAUGAAAAAACUCCUGAUUUCUUGUCAUAAUGCCAGCUGAUAUUUUACAGUGAUUUAAAGAGGUGAGAAGAUAAAAAACUUUUUUGUAAGACUCUGUAUUUUUAAAAACACUUUGCUGUUUUAUACAAACACUUUUCGUUGGAGAGUCGGGGUUGACUUUGGGAAUUUUAGACCCUUUCGUCUCUUUUGACAUUUGGAUAAUUUGUACUUGUGGUUUGAGCCUCACAUAUUCUGUCUGUAUUAUUUCCUCUUAAAAGUAUUUAUUUUAAGGAGCCGUCGUGUGAGUUUGAACAGAUGGCAAAAACGUUUUAAUAUGUUGAUUGAUGAGUGCUUGUCAUUUUCUUAAUUGAAAUAAAAUACCAUAUAUUAUAGUUGUUUUA